AUGGCCGAACAGUCUAGCCUCGCCAUCACGGUCGAGUUCUCUGGCGGCCUCGAGAUGCUCUUCUCCGACAAGCGGCACCAUUCUCUUUCGAUACCUGCAGUGACCCAGGAGGGAAAGCCUGCAAACAUUGCAUAUCUGAUAGACCAUUUAUGUCAGAACGUCAUGCAGGACUCUCGAAAGGACCUCUUUGUUCUGGACAACCACCUUUCUGCGGCUGAUCAGGUGGCAAACAGUCGCCCGGGCAUCCUGGUUCUGAUCAACGAUGCCGACUGGGAGCUCGAGGGUGAGGAGGCCUACGAGCUCGAGAACGGUGAUAGCAUCUUGUUUGUCUCUACUCUGCACGGAGGUUAG